CCAAGCCUGUGAUAGAGAGAGAGAGCGAGAGAGAGUCAAAACGUGACCAUAAUUCGUCGUCGUUUACGAGAACAGCUCCUCUUUGGUGCUACUGGUAAUUAGUAAAGUUAAUAACAAUAGACAGAAACAGGAGAGGGCGAAAGAGGAUCGUGAUGCAUCAUAACGGAGUCGAAGACGAAGAAAAAUGGUUGGCCGCCGGCAUCACCGGCCUGCAGCAAAACGCCUUUUAUAUGCAUCGAGCUCUGGAUUCGAGUAAUUUGAAGGAUGCGCUCAAGUACUCAGCUCAGAUGCUUUCGGAACUUCGGACUUCGAGGCUUUCUCCUCAGAAAUAUUACGAAUUAUAUAUGCGAGCAUUUGAUGAAUUAAGGAAGCUAGAGAUUUUUUUCAAGGAGGAGACCAAGCGUGGUUGCUCAAUAGUUGAAUUGUAUGAGCUGGUGCAGCAUGCUGGCAACAUAUUGCCCAGGCUGUAUCUCCUUUGUACUGUUGGGUCUGUGUACAUAAAAUCCAAGGAAGCUCCUGCAAAGGAUAUUCUUAAAGAUCUUGUGGAGAUGUGCCGUGGCAUACAACAUCCUUUACGUGGGCUCUUUCUAAGGAGUUACCUUUCUCAAGUCAGUAGGGAUAAAUUACCUGAUCUGGGUUCUGAGUAUGAAGGGGAUGCUGAGACAGUCUCGGAUGCUGUGGAGUUUGUACUCCAAAAUUUCACAGAGAUGAAUAAACUUUGGGUUCGAAUGCAACAUCAGGGACCUGCUCGGGAGAAGGAGAAACGUGAAAAAGAGAGGAGCGAGCUUCGUGAUCUUGUGGGGAAGAACCUACAUGUUCUCAGCCAGAUUGAGGGUGUUGACCUUGAUAUGUACCGAGAGACUGUUCUUACCAGGGUCUUGGAGCAGGUAGUCAACUGCAAGGAUGAGAUUGCACAAUGCUACUUGAUGGAUUGCAUAAUCCAAGUAUUCCCUGAUGAAUAUCACUUGCAGACACUUGAAACUCUACUGGGUGCUUUCCCACAGCUUCAGCCUUCUGUUGACAUCAAGACAGUGCUUUCUCGACUAAUGGAUAGGCUGUCAAAUUAUGCUGCUUCAAGUGCAGAAGUUUUACCUGAGUUUUUCCAAGUAGAAGCUUUUGCGAAACUGAGUAAUGCCAUUGGCAAGGUGAUUGAGGCGCAAGAUGACAUGCCAGUUAUUGGAGUUGUAACUUUGUAUUCGUCUCUUUUGACAUUUACGCUUCAAGUGCACCCAGAUCGUCUUGAUUUUGUGGAUCAAAUAUUGGGCGCUUGUGUGACGAAACUUUCUGGGAAAGGAAAGCUUGAAGAUAGCAAAUCAAGAAAACAAGUUGUUGCACUUCUAAGUGCUCCACUUCAGAAAUACAAUGAUAUAGAUAUCGCAUUGAAGCUUUCAAAUUAUCCCCAUGUGAUGGAGUACUUAGACAAUGGAACAAAGAAGGAGAUGGCCAGUGUCAUAAUUCAAAGUAUCAUGAAAAAUAAGACAUUAAUUUCUAACUCUGAGAAGGUCGAGGCCCUGUUUGAGUUAAUAAAGGGGCUCAUUAAAGAUUUAGAAGGGAAUCUUCAAUCUGAGCUUGAUGAGGAAGACUUUCAUGAGGAGCAGAAUUCCGUUGCACGUCUUAUUCAAAUGCUUCACAAUGAUGAUCCAGAAGAAAUGCUUAAGAUUAUAUGCACUGUGAAGAAGCAUAUUUUGGCUGGAGGACCUAAGAGGCUUCCCUUUACAGUCCCUCCCCUGAUCUUUAAUGCUCUCAAGUUGAUCAGACGACUGCAAAAUCGGGACGAAAAUGUCGCUGAAGAAGACACAGCUGCUACACCUAAGAAAAUCUUUCAAAUACUGAACCAGAUAAUUGAAGCUCUGUCCAGUGUUCCUGUACCUGAAGUUGCUAUGCGACUUUACUUGCAGUGUGCUGAGGCUGCUGAUGACUCUGAUCUUGAACCUGUUGCCUAUGAGUUCUUCACCCAAGCUUAUCUACUAUAUGAAGAAGAAAUUUCGGAUUCUAAGGCUCAAGUAACUGCAAUACACUUAAUAAUUGGGACUCUUCAGCGGAUGCACGUCUUCGGCGUUGAGAACAGGGAUACGCUGACACACAAGGCUACUGGGUAUUCUGCGAAACUUUUGAAGAAGCCUGAUCAGUGCAGAGCUGUAUAUGCUUGUUCACACCUUUUCUGGGUUGAUGAUCAGGAUAGCAUCAAGGAUGGGGAGAGGGUCUUGCUUUGCUUAAAACGUGCUUUAAGAAUUGCAAAUGCCGCUCAACAAAUGGCGAAUGCAACUCGAGGCAGUGGCGGAUCUGUCGCGCUGUUCAUUGAAAUACUGAACAAGUAUCUCUAUUUUUUUGAGAAGGGGGUCACACAGAUCACAGUUGCUUCUGUACAGAGCUUGAUUGAAUUGAUCACAAAUGAAAUGCAAGGUGAGAAUGCAACACCAGAUCCAACUGCGGAUGCUUUCUUUGCGAGCACACUACGCUUCAUCCAGUUCCAGAAGGAUAAAGGUGGUGCAGUGGGUGAAAAAUACGAGGCAAUUAAGGUUUGACUGGUUGGAAGUACAAUGCUGAAUCCACGUUUCACAUGUCAAAAGCAUUAAAAUUUUUACAAUUUUGGGGAUGUGAAGAGUUUUUUUAGUUCUUGGACAAUGAAGAGAAUCAUUUGGCUGCAACAUAUGGGUUGUGGAAUGUAGUCAUUCUUUGGGUUUUGACUAUAGUCAAGCAUUCAAACAUCUGGGGAGGUUUUGUAUAUUAACUUGGUUGACGAGUAUAGCAUAGGAUGGACAAUCUUUGUAAGAACAACCUUUUUUUUUUUCAACAAUAAUUGUUGAAAGUAACUUUUUUCUUAUUCAUGUGAUGUCUCGGAGAUUUCACUUCUA